AUGGUAGAGGAAUCCGAGUCCCCGUUUACUGCUGACAUAAUGCGAGCACGGUUCCCAAAUAGGUUUCGACUGCCUCAGAUCACGCCCUUCACAAGGAACACCGACCCGACAGAGCACAUGGAGUUGUUAUGGAUCUACAUGGAGCUCCACGAUGCAUCGGAUGCGACCAUGUGCCGAGCCUUCUCCUUAACUUUGGCCGACACCGCUCGGCUAUGGUUUAAACAAUUGAAGUCGAGGUCCAUUAGUACGUUCUCUAAGCUCAGUCAGGCCUUCGUCACGAACUUCAUUAGAGGGAAGAAGACACUCAAGGCACCUGCCCAUCUUCUUCACGUAAUCCAAAAAGAAGGCGAGCUUCUGAAGGACUAUAUUAAGCGCUUCAAUCUGGAAGCCUUAAAAGUCCAAAAGCACUCAGACGAAGUCGCCCUCAAUGUUAUCAUGAGCGAGCUAAGGGACAAACCAUUCCUCUUCUCUCUUGACAAGAACCCCCCAGCCACGAUGGCCGAGUUCCUGAACCUAUCGCAAAAAUAUGCUAACAUCGAGGAAUCCCGAAUCUUACGGGAUGCCGCUCAAAGCAAAAAUUCACUAGCUAAGGAGCAGUCAAAGGCCGAGCCCAGUUCAACCAAUAAGAAAAGAAAGGACGAUUGUAGGUCGAACAAACGGCUCGACCGUAAGUUCAAAACUUACACCCCUCUCAACAAAACUCUAGAGCAAGUUCUAAUAGAAAUAAAGGAUAAACGUCUCCUUCAUUGGCCGAACAAACAAAGGGGUAAUACCGAUAGGAGGAGCAAGAGCAAAUACUGCUGCUUCCACCGAGAUCACGGCCAUAACACAAGUGAUUGCUUCGAUCUCAAGCAAGAAAUCGAGAAACUCAUUCGAGAUGGCCAUCUCGAAGAAUACGUGAGCCUUGAGGAGAACCAGAUCAUUGCAAGAGAGAAGCAACCGAUCGAUAAUCAUCCAACUGGAAAGAUUCGUACCAUCUUCGGUGGUCAUAAAGGUGGGGGUGACUCGAAUAAUGCUCGGAAGGUACAUGUCGAGAGCAUUAGUCAUCCUGAGGAAGAUAUUUUGCUCCUGGGAAGACCUUCGAAAGAAAAGAAGAUGGAAAAAUAUAGCCUGACCUUCACCGUGGAAAACGCCCAAGGGAUUCAUCACCCUCACAAUGACGUUUUGGUAGUCACUUUAACCAUAGCCAAUCAAAGGGUAUUCUGGAUCCUUGCCGACACAGGAUCGUUGGUAGAUGUGCUCUUCACCUAA